AUGGCAUGUUUAUGUACUUUUUUAAGUACAAAGUUUAAGGCUUUUUUGUCUUACUUUUUACCAAUGGUUUAUGGUAUAACAUUAUGUAGUGUGGCAUGGUUAAAAGUAAUGUCACCUAUAUUUGUUGCUGUAUGCUUAGCAUUUGGUUCAGUUGAUGUUAUCACAUCUAUAGUCGGUAUGAUUGGAAUAUUAUGCCCAUCAGAAUUAGCAAUAAGAUCAACAUUUCCUUUAUUAGCAUUAGAAAAUUUGGUAACAUUCUUAAUUGCGUUUGCAUUGUUGAUUGAAACCAUUAAAUAUAAAGAGUAUACUAAAGACUAUAUGAUUCUGGAUUUUAGUGUUGGACUUACUAUUUCUUUUGUAUUAAUUAUUAGUACAUCACUCAGUUUUUUAUGUAUUUGGGCUAUAUCAGAUUAUCAAAUUGAUAUUGAAGCACUUAAUAUGGUUAAAGAAUGGAAGGAGGUAAACUUUAAUAAAUCAUCUACAGUGGUAAAUCAACCACUAUUACCAAGGCAAUCCCCUCCAAUUAAACGUUCUAUCAAUUUAAAUUCUCAAAGUAAGAAUGAGAACGAUGAAAAUUCAAAUAAUACAGUUAUAUCAAUUUUAGAAAACAGUACAAAUAACUAA